CCUAUGAUGUGUCCUCGACUGCUAUGUAGCAGCCUGAGGAGCUCUCUUGCGGGCGAACGCGAUUACACGCGCUCUAGUGCAGACGAUGGUGAUGAAGAGGCCAACGUGAAGGCAUUUGAGAGCGUCUUCAGCUCCUCCCGUCUGUUUUGCCUUCACCUCUCCUUCCACCCUCGACGCCCCCGCCGUCAGCAAAUGCGACCGCCUGAAGCGUCGCAGGCAAUGUCACGGCAAGCUCGCUUCCCUACCAAUAGCCUGGACCCGAUGUUGGACUUGCUUGACUCUUCCUCCAUCUCCGUUGAGGCAGACAUCGGCACCACCAUUGAUCCCUGCGCCCGCCGCUUCGACACCGCGUCAAUCACUCUCCAAGCCAUCCGCACCCCCAAACCAUCUGCUCUGCCGUUGGCUGACGACGACGACGAGAAUUCCUCUGACUUCCUCUGGUCUGCAACGGUUCCCAUGUCGCUGAAACCCCUCGAUCGUGAUCCCGAGGAUCGGCGUCGGGUACUCCUCCAUAACUCCUCGUUGCUGGAUGAUAGCGACGGCUUUUCCGACUUUCAGGCAUCGCCGGCUACCGGUCAGCCGCUGUCGUCCAAACCGUAUAGCGACGAUCCGUCCUCAGACUUCCGGUUAUUCGCGUCAUCGCAGCCGUCGUCACGGUCGACGCGUAUUUACAACACGGCGGCGAAGUUUAGUGCGGCGUCGGACAGGACAUUCCUUACAUCCAAGAAAGAUCCUGGUUUUGACUUCCUGGGCUUGUACUCUCAGUCUCUCCGCGCUCCCUCUCCUUCCCGGCCUAUCUCCAAGCCGCCGCACAUAUCGACUACCUCGCCCUCUUCCUCGAAGCCGUCCGCGUCCACCCGCGCAGCGUAG